GUGCUAAGGAGGAGGACGGAAACAUGGAGGGGGACAGUGGCUUCAUCACAGUUCAGAAGGUCUACUACCCUUUGCUUUGCAUUCUGGGGAUCCCAGCCAAUCUCUUCACUUUCUACAUGAUCUGCUUCCGGAAGUGUGGAAUGUCUGACACGGCCAUCAUCUACCUGAGCUGCUUGGCCAUCGUGGACACCUUCUACCUGGUGUGGGUCAUCCUGCUGGACCUGACGCUCACCUUCUGGCAGCUGCUGCCUUUCUGGCACUCCCAUCCGGCCUGCGGCAUCAUGGGCUUCCUGCAGUACGGCUCCCUGUACAGCUCCUCCUGGAUCGUGGUGGUGUUUACCAUCGAACGCUACCUGGUCCUCAGCAGCACGUCCGCCAAGCAGCACUUUUCCCAGGCCAAGGUUACUAGGCUGACCUGUGUGUCUAUCAUCCUGGUCUCCCACCUGGCCUCCGUGCCCAUGGGCUGGAUCAACGUGGUGACGCCGAAGAAUUUCACCAUAGAGGGGAAGAAUGUGACUCUGCCCUGGUGUCACUACAGGGGCCAUAUCUAUUCUACUGUCCUGGUGUGGGUCACUACGUUCCUCUCCGGUGGCAUCCCCAUCAUCCUGGUCAUCAUCUUCAACUCGCUGAUCGGCCACCACCUGAACCGUGCCAGAAAGAUGUUUACCAACGAGCAGCGGAGGGUCAUGCGAGGGGGGAGCACCAAGGGCAUGGUGCGGAGGACCAUCUUCCUGCUGGGCACAGUGUCUGUGUCCUUCGUGGUGCUCAGCCUGCCACGCUUCGUCACCUACUGCAUCCUGCGCACCAAGUACAACCACGACUGGUUUGACCGGAACGACUACCGCAUUCCCAUCAACUUGAUUAGUGACCUGGCCAACAUGCUGCAGAGCCUCAACUCCACCACCAACUUCCUGCUCUACUGCAUGGUGAGCCGGGGCUUCCGCCAGGAGCUGAUCCACACACUCACCUGCAAGUCCAAGGCCCGAGAGCUGGCCUCCUUCCUCACCCAGACCACAAUGAAGGUGUUCUCUCUGGUGGACCAUAAAACACCGCCGACCAGAGACCCCAUCACUGUAGUCCUCACCAACCUCAAACAGACCCAGUAGAGAGGAAGAGAAUGGAGGGGGAAAGGACAAUGAUGU